GUUCAUAUAAUGGAGGUCAAUUGAAUUCUGUUAAAGGGAUAGUUAACAAAAAAAAGAAAAUUGAUUAACCCGCAUGUCAUUUAAAACCUGAAUUUGAUUGAUCUUGGUCAUUGUCCAUACAGUGGAAGUCAGUAUUGUUUGAUUACCAAUGUUCUUCAAAAUAUCUUAUGUGUUCUCCUGAAGAAAGUAAAUUGUAAAGGUUUGGAGUGACGUGUGUGUGUCCAUGAUGAAAUAACUUUUUGGUGAACUAUCACUUUUACAGAUGUCGAUGCGGUUACAAUAUUUUUUUAAUGGUUUAAUAAAUAAUACAAUUCCAUUCCUAAAUAAUCUCAUAGCAUUUGCUUAAAUUAAGUUGACUAGAUAACAAUAACAUAGUUAAUAUUUCUAUAAACCGUUUUUAAAAAGAACAUGAUUUGGUCAUCCAUCUGUUCAGAAUUAUAUUUUCAUCUGUUUUUUCCCUUGGUGAGAUAAAUCAGGACAGCUGAGUCACUGUGGGUUGUUGCUCUCUCCUUCAUCUCUCCUGCUUUCGUUUUAAGUUCAUUUCUGCUGCUGUUGCAACCGUAUCACUGCAGUCCCUCUCCACAGCCUCACCCCCACUUCAAGUGCCGCAUUGCUGUAUCAAACGGGACGAUUUUAUUACACACACAUACUUACAGGAGCGCAGGGUGUCUGUUUGCUGAGGGCCGAGCAGAAGGAGAACAAGCAAACUCCAGCUGUUCCAACCCUUGAUCAUGGGGAAAGAGAAGAUCCACAUCAACAUUGUGGUCAUCGGCCAUGUUGAUUCUGGAAAGUCGACAACCACUGGUCAUCUCAUCUAUAAAUGUGGAGGGAUUGAUAAAAGGACCAUUGAGAAGUUUGAGAAAGAGGCUGCUGAGAUGGGGAAAGGUUCCUUCAAGUACGCCUGGGUUCUGGACAAGCUAAAGGCUGAGAGGGAGCGUGGGAUCACAAUAGAUAUCUCACUUUGGAAGUUUGAGACCACCAAGUACUACAUAACUAUAAUAGAUGCCCCCGGACACAGAGACUUUAUCAAAAACAUGAUCACUGGGACGUCUCAGGCAGACUGCGCAGUUCUCAUUGUGGCCGCUGGGGUUGGUGAAUUUGAGGCAGGCAUCUCUAAAAACGGGCAAACCAGGGAACACGCCCUACUGGCCUACACACUGGGUGUCAAGCAGCUGAUUGUAGCCGUCAACAAGAUGGACUCCACAGAGCCGGCCUACAGCGAGAAACGCUAUGAUGAGAUUGUUAAGGAAGUAAGCGCCUACAUUAAAAAGAUCGGCUACAGCCCCGCCUCCGUGCCCUUCGUCCCUAUUUCAGGUUGGCAUGGCGACAACAUGUUGGAAGCAUCAUCUAAUAUGCCAUGGUUUAAAUGCUGGAAGCUGGACAGGAAGGAGCAGCACGCUAAUGGUGUUACCUUGCUGGAAGCUCUUGACACCAUCAGGCCCCCAACACGCCCCACUGACAAACCCCUCCGUCUACCCUUACAAGACGUCUAUAAGAUUGGAGGUAUAGGGACUGUACCAGUAGGCAGGGUGGAGACAGGUAUCAUGCGGCCCAGCAUGGUGGUGACCUUUGCCCCGGUCAACAUCACGACCGAAGUGAAGUCCGUGGAGAUGCAUCAUGAGUCUCUGAGCGAAGCGCUACCUGGAGACAACGUGGGUUUCAAUGUUAAGAACGUGUCGGUGAAAGACAUCCGAAGAGGAAACGUGUGCGGAGACAGCAAAUCAGACCCACCCCAGGAGGCAUCAGGCUUCACAGCACAGGUGAUCAUCUUGAAUCACCCAGGACUGAUCAGUGCUGGUUACUCUCCUGUAAUAGACUGUCAUACCGCUCAUAUCGCCUGCAAGUUUGCCGAGCUUAAGGAGAAGAUCGAUCGCCGCUCAGGCAAGAAGCUGGAAGACAACCCUAAAAGCCUGAAGUCUGGAGACGCCGCCAUUGUAGACAUGAUCCCAGGGAAACCCAUGUGUGUGGAGAGCUUCUCUCAGUAUCCUCCACUGGGUCGCUUUGCUGUCCGAGAUAUGAGGCAGACUGUUGCUGUUGGUGUCAUCAAAAACGUGGAAAAGAAGAUUGGGGGCAGCGGAAAAGUAACCAAAUCUGCACAGAAGGCUCAAAAAGCUACCAAAUAAAUCUCACAAAGCUACCUUUUCACCUCAGGCCCCGUCCAGCUCAAACAACCAAUCGGCUGCCCCCCUUUCCUCUGGGCAUGUUCCGCUUUCCCUCACGUGUGCUUGAAAAUAUCUGCUCUAACCAAUUGCUGGUGUAUGACUGAAGGAAAUAAUGGAGGAUUGACACUAUAUAUUGUACAUUUGGACAUCUCAUGCUAUAUAUUCACCAACAGACUGUUACACAUGCAUAGCUGGUUCAAAACGCGGCAGCUCGAGUUCUUACACGUACAAAAAAGUAUGAGCAUAUAACCCCGGUUCUGUCAACCUUGCACUGGUUACCUAUAAAGCAUCGCAUUAACUUUAAGAUCUUGCUUAUUACCUAUAAAGCCCUACAUGGUUUAGCGCCGCAGUAUUUGAAUGAACUUCUAUUGUAUUACAGACCUCCACGUACAUUACGCUUUAAGGGGUCCUGUCAGUUGGUAAUACCUAGAAUUUCAAAAUCAAGUGCAGGUGGUAGAUCCUUUUCUUAUCUAGCGCCUAAACUUUGGAAUAUUCUUCCCUGCACGGUCCGGGAGGCAGACACACUCUGUCAGUUUAAAUCUAGACUAAAGACUCAUCUUUUUAAUCUUGCAUACACUACACCUCCAUAAUAUUAAUCCUCAGAGGAUUUAGGUUGCAUUAUUUAGAUCAACCGGAACCAGGAACACAUCCAACAACAAAUGAUGUACUUGUUGCAUCAAAGAGUGCAGAACAGUACUCUACUCUCAGCCAGUCUUGUCUCUUUGUUCCAAGGUUACCGCAGGAUGCAGUUCAUGCCCAGACCUGAUGGCAGAGCUGAGAAUGGGAAGCGGUGACCUGACAAGUGCUAAGAGGAUAGAGAUGGAUAAAGGACGCGACAACUUUGUUUUUCCUACAACAUUUCAAAUGCUAUUAGAUUGUUAAUGAUAAUCUUUAAUCCUUAAUUUUUAUAUUUUUACUAAGCCUUGUUGUGCAAGCACUGUUGAGCUUGUGCAGAGGCAGCAGCUUUUGCCAGAGGGGAACUGGAAUCCCCUGGUUGGGCCUGGGUUCCCCUGAGUUUUUUUUUCUCGAUGGGAGUUUUGGGUUCCUCACCACCGUUUGCAUAUUGUUUUGCACUAUCUGCCUGGCCGGGGGGGCUGCUUUAGAAUUCAUACUUGUAUUAAAUGUGUCUCAUGUACAGCUGCUUUGUAACAAUGAAAAUUGUAAAAAGCGCUAUAUAAAUAAAGUUGAGUUGAGUUGA